CCAUCCGUAGGAGUCCGGUAUUCGAUUUAUUCCUACUGUAUUCCAAGAUGUCCCCUUUUAACUCUCCAUUCAUAGAUCCCUAUUACCAGUCCUAUCCUUUCAGGACGCAAUAAUAAAUCAUCCUCCCCUGCCAAUCCAGUGCCCCGCGCCAGCAGCACGGUGACCUCAUCAGCUUCAACCAUUCAGCCCCACCAACGUCGUUGUCCCGUUAUCAAUCCCUCGCCGAUAACCGCCACCUAUCGUGAUAUUCUCGCCCUAUCUAUAUCUCCAAACAUUCUUCAUCCUCAAUAAUCCAGGGAAUCAACCCGUGGGCCACAUCCGGCAUGCCCUCCACAUCUCCCCCCAACAUCUUCCCCACCUACCUCCUCUCCCUCCCCUUCCGCCGCCGCUCCUCUACCCCCUCUACUCCCUCUCUCAGCACCUCCCCCUCCUCCUCCAACCCCACCCCAUCCUACCUCUCCGGCCACGCCUCCUACCUCCGCUGCUCCCGCUGCCUCACCGAUCUCUGCAGCACUUCCCAGAUCAUCAGCAAAGGUUUCACCGGCCGUCACGGCCGCGCCUACCUCGUCGCGCCCCCGGCCUCCAGCCUCCAAGCCAUCGACCCCUCCGCGUCGCCGAACCAGGUCAAGAACUCGGGGAAUUUGCUGAACACCUUCGCGCACAAGGCGAUGCCCCGGCAGCUGGUCACCGGCGCUCACACUGUCUGCGACAUCUCGUGCACACUGUGCGGUGCGGUGUUGGGGUGGAAGUAUAUUGCGGCGGAGGACGAGGCGCAGAGGUAUAAAGUGGGGAAGUUCAUUUUGGAGACAAGCAGGGUGUGUAAGUCGGUGUGUUGGGAGGGGGAAGGGGAGGGGAUGGUGGUGGAGGAGGGGUACCGGAAGAGUGAGGAGGAGUUCGAGUUCGACAGUCAGGAUGAGGAUGAGUGUGAGGAUUUGUUUUCGGGGGUGUGGAGUCCGGCGUUGGCGAAGAGGCGGAGGAGGGCGAGGUUGGGGAGGGUGAAAGAAUGACGGAAUGAAUGAAAUUGCGAUCGAUCGAGUUUGAAGGCUACGCAGAUUCUUUCAUGGGAGGGCUACCAUCACCCUAGACAGCUGCUUAUCAGGAAUUGGCGUUGGACGGAUUUUCUCUUUCCUUUUUCUUUGGUCACACACGGCGAAUGGGACCUGGCUUUAUUCGGGGUAUACCCAGGGGGAACGAAGGCAUGAGAUACCCUACUUCUGAGGAGCAAUGAUGGUUAGGACUACUGGCACCUAAUAAUAUAUUAAUAACCAAGACUACUCAUAGUAAUGUAGCAUCGAAUAAUGGCAUUUUAUUUAAUCCA